AUGGCCAAUCCUCAAACCUCGACGAAGCCGAUGAUGCAGCACAAGAAUGGUACUAUACUACAUGUAUCUCGCAGCAUCAUAUUCCAGGACAUGGCUGAUAAUUAUUCCCAGUUGCUGGCGGCAUGCUUGCUCUCUUCUCCAAAAACCCUCCCGUAGGCGUCUACAAAGAUGGCUAUUGCCGCUCAGGCGAUGACGACAAGGACAACCAUUCGAUCGCCGUAACCAUAACGCCCCAUUUUUCGAAAUCCGAAUACGCCACGCCUGAUAUCGAGAAACUAAAAGAGGGUGAUCGAACCUGCCUCGCAGCCCAGCACUUCGCAGAUGCGAUGAGAGCCGCGGAAGAAGGGAAGUUCGACAAGGCAGCUGUGCCCAAAGUGCAUCUUCAUGCUUCACACGACAAGGCAUUGGAGGUGGUGAGCUACAAGGAUCUGAAGAAGUAUGCCGCGGAGCCGGAGGCUUUCACCCAACAGGGACGACAAGAAGCGCAUCACGUUCCUGAUUCGAAUCGUGGCCUAGCGCGGCAAAGUCAGAGCAUUGGUGGGGAUCAGCCGACCCUUGCACCAGGCGCGGGCAAGAAUCAAGGCAAGGCUGGAGAGGUGACAGGCACAAGUGGACAAAGGGGAUAG